AUUAUGAUUAUAUAAAUCAAGCCACCAAUUUAUUUUAACUUUAUAUAAGUUUCCAGCAGCCAAGAUGGAUUGGGACCUUAUUGCCAUUUAUUUACCCUUUCCUGCUAACAUUUUUCAUCCAAAUUCAAAGUUGGCAAUUGCAGCCAUUGACAGAUUUUGUACUUUGACUCCAAAAAUCCUGAUGAACAAAUCCAUACUAUGACACCUAUAUAUAGGACUCGAAGAGGUUAUAAAACAAAUAUUUUGAGGCGUCAUCGGUUAGUAAUAAUUCUGCGUGGGCUAUGAAGGGGACGAUUUCGGAUGAGAUAGAAGUGAGUGUGCCUGCAAAUGUAGCAUGGGAGCUCUAUGGGACAUUGCAACUAUCUAGGUUCAUUGUGCAACAAUUGCCUACUCUUGUUAACAAAGUUGAUGUGAUUGAAGGUGAUGGUACUACUGGAACUGUCCUCAAAAUCACUUUCCCCCAAGGUACACCAGGAAUACCCUAUUUCAAGGAGAGAUUCAACAUAGUAGAUGAUGAGAAAAGGUACAAGCAAUCUCAAGUGAUUGAAGGUGGAUAUGUUGAUCUUGGUUAUACUUUCUAUGGAAUUAGGUUUGAGGUAAAUGAGAAAGAUGAAAAUUCAUGCAUCACUAAAUUUACAGUGAGUUAUGAAGUUGAAGAUGUGAGACUUGCAAGUCAUGCAUUCACUAUGGUUGAGCCAUUGCAAACUGUCAUCAAAUCAGCCAAGACUUACCUAACAAACAAG